GUGCUGUGUGUGUACUGCGCAGACACGGCGCGGUACCCGGUGUUCGUGGGGGGCCCAGCCCCGGGGGUGUCGACCCCGGAGGGGGGCGGCGCUCCCCCCUCGCUUCACUUGCAGCUGAUGGCGCAGGUGGGGAGGGAGCUCCUCCUGGGCGGCAGGGAUCACGUGUACAGCCUGGAUCUGGACGCGCGGCACGGAGCAGAAAUCGGGUUCAGCAAAAGACUCGUAUGGAGAGCAAGCAUCGACGAGCAGCGACCGUGCGCGUGGAAGGGGAAGAGAGCGCGCGAUUGCUUCAACUACAUCAAGGUGCUGCUGCUCCGCCCGAGGAGCGGGGAUGGGCAGGGGGCCACCCUCUUCAUCUGUGGCACCAACGCCUUCAACCCCACGUGUCGCGACUAUGAGCUGAGGUCUCUGCAGCAGCGCGGGGUCGAUGUGAGCGGGAUGGCCAAGUGUCCGUACGACCCCGCACACAGCAACGUGGCGCUGUUUGCCGACGGACACCUGUACUCGGGCACGGUCACGGAUUUCCUGGCGAUCGACGCCGUUCUCUACCGCAGCCUGGGCAAUGGCACUACCACCACCAACACCAGCACCACCACCACCACCACGCUGCGUAGCGUGAAGCACGACUCCAGGUGGCUCAAGGAGCCACACUUUGUCCACGUGCUGGAGCAUGGAGCCCACGUCUUCUUCUUCUUCCGCGAGCUCGGGGUGGAGAUGGGUGCUCACGAGACGGCGGUGGUGUCACGAGUGGCGCGCGUGUGCCGGAGCGACUCGGGGGGCUCGCCGCGCGUGCUGCACCGCCACUGGAGCUCGUUCGUGAAGGCGUCGCUUGCCUGUGCCGUGCCCGGGGAGCCCCCCUUCCCCUUCCCCGAGCUCCACGCCCUCGUUGGGAUGCAGCCCGCGGGGGGCCCCCACCUCCUCGUCGGGGUCUUCACCACCCCGGCAAACAGCAUCACCGGCUCGGCCGUGUGUGCGUUCCACAUGGAGGAGGUUGCCCGUGUGUUCUCCGGCCGUUUCAAGGAGCCGAGGUCCGGAGACCACGGCUGGACGACCGUGCCGGAGGAGAAGCUUCCCACGCCCAGGCCCGGCUGCUGCAUAGGGGACCCAUGCGCGAGGGGAUUCCGCAGUUCUGCCGAGUUCCCCGAGGAGACGCUCCAGUUUGUCAAGUCCCAUCCACUGCUGGAUGAGACCGUGGCUAGCCUGGGCUCACGCCCCUGGCUCAUCCGCUCCAUCGACCGGUGGAGGCUGACCCACGUUGCCGUGGAUACGAGUGCGGGUCCCUACGGCAAUGAGACGGUGCUGUUCGUGGGUUCAGAGGGCGGCCACGUGAUCAAGGCGUUGCCCCCCCUGGAGUUGGAGGGCUCGGCUGUGGUGCUGGAACAGCUGGAGGCGUUCAACCCCCGAGUGUGCGGGGAGUCUGGGGGUGCGCGCAUCGUUGCGCUCUCCGUGGACGCUGCGUCCCACGUGCUGCUCGUCGCCUUCUCCUCGUGCCUCGUGCGGCUCCCGCUCAGCCGCUGCGAGCGCCACGCCACCUGCCGGAGGGCGUGUGUGGCUGCGCGGGACCCCUACUGCGGCUGGGUCAGGGGGUCGUGCCAGCGCCUGGACCCCAAGACCAGGGAGGCAUUUGAACAGGAUGUUGCCUAUGGUGACACAAGCGGAAUGGAGGAGUGUGCAGAUGAAUGCAUCACAGAGACGGGUCUCAUCCGGGAGCGCCGCGUAUCGGGGGGCCUGGGAGAGGAGGGCCCCCCCCUCAGGGUCCCUGCCUCCCUGCUGGUCCCUUGCUCGCUGGGCGCAUUCCUCCUGGGGGUCGCCCUGGCCCUGCCCGUCGCCUCCCGACAUUGCCGCCGCCGCCGCCCUCCUCGCCGGUGCCCCCCCCCAUCCCGCAGCCGCCCCUGGGGGGAGCGGCUCCGGUUGUGGAGACGUCAAGGAGGUGGGGGGGGAACCCCCGAGAAUGGGCCCCAAGGUUCUCUAGAAGAACCCCGGCCGGACCCCGGCUCGCCCUGGACUCCCCCCGCCGCGGGGCCCCUGCGUCAGCUGCUGCUGCUGGGGCUCCCCACGCCGGAUGCUACCCCCGAGAUGCGGCCCAAGGGGGUCCCCGGUGCCAACCCCAAGCGGGGUCAGGGCCCUGUGGCCGGCGUGGAGGGAGGGGCCCCCCGUACACGGGUAGAGGAGGGAGGAGGAGGUGGAGAAGGUGAAGGAGGAUGUGGAGAAGGAGGUGGAGGAGGCUAUGAGAAGGAGGGGGACGAUGGGCAAGAAGACCCACAUCCUGGCACCUCUUUGGAAGUGAGAAACAAUGAGAAGCAGAGAGGAGGAGGAGGAGGGUGUGAUGAUGAAGAAGAGGAGCAAAGAGAAGAUGAGGAGGGGGAGGAAGGGGAGCGACCCGUGUCCCCAAACGGGUGUCCGCCACGGCCACAUCUCCGUCGUGUCCCGUGCGCCCUCAUCACUCCCAUCCAGCGGCACAGGGGCGACCCUUCACCUGGCCUCGACCUCGACCCAAACACUGACCCUAACCUAUUCUCUGACCCCAAUCCUGACCUCCAUUCCAAUAAUGACCCCAAUCUCGAUCCUGACCCCACAAUUGCCCCUGACUCCAGCUUCGACUCCAAAAGUGACCACAUUCACACCCCCCCAAACCAAUCACCCCCUAAGCCCAAACCCCGGACCCGCCUACUCCACUCCCACCCCACAACACAAACACCAAUGUUAGACUCAGAUCCUCGAGGAGACCCCUGAGGGAACCCAGGGGGGUCAGGCAUUUGUGUAACGGUGACAGAGGGACUCACUCAGGGAGACCUGGACUCAAGCCUAAACUUGACCAAAUCUGGUCUCAUCCGCGAGCUGUUCAGGAGGAGCUGUGGACUCACGGACCCAGGAGGUUUUGGUGUAAGGCUGCCAUGUAUCUGUGAAACUCAACCAGGACACAAGGGGGUGAGCUGGCAGCCCCCGAUCUUCCUCUGUCAGCUCCUGCUCACAUUUACAUAGCCAUGCCCACUCAACCACUAGCCCACUCACGACUCGGAUAACCCCGCCCAAUACUCAGGUAGCUCCACCCACUGCUCGGGUCGCUCUGUCCACUGCUCAGGUAACUCCGCCCACUACUCAGGUAACUCCACCCACUGCUCGUGUCGCUCUGUCCACUGCUCAGGUAACUCCGCCCACUACUCGGGUAGCUCCACCCACUGCUCCGGUUGCUCUGUCCACUGCUCAGGUAACUGCCCACUACUCAGGUAACUCCGCCCACUACUCAGGUAGCUCCACCCACUGCUCGCGUCGCUCUGUCCACUGCUCAGGUAACUCCGCCCACUAAGGUAACUCCGCCCACUACUCAGGCAACUCCGCCCUUCGUCUGAGUGGUCAUGAAUCUGGCACGAGGCCAGAACAUGGCCAUUAUGAGACUACGAUUAUGAGACUACCAGGACUAUCCUAGCAAAAUUGAGACUACUCUGGGCUGAGACCCUAGCAAGGUCAGCACCUCCUCCAUUGGGGCCCCCUGGGGGGUUUGGCGACCCAGAAAACAUUUACUUGCCCAGAACAUGACAUCCAGUUUGCCUCUCACUUCGGCCGUGGCUAGGACUGGUCAGUUGCAUGACGACUUCAGUUUACCAGUAACCUAAAAAACAUUCAGUGAAAAAUUAUGCUGGGGGGGCCUGGGUCCCCCCGGGACUCACUGACCCCAAUGUGUGGGGACCCUGUUUUUAAUCCCCCACUGUGAGCCCUCUUUGUUGGUUAUGUAGUAAUUAAUUAAUUUAUUAUCGAUCAUUGCGAUUUAUUGAGGGUCAAAAGGUAUGCCAGACCACCUGAAGUCCGACUCUUAGACCCCAGCGAUCCUGUGAGAUAUGGGGUUCACAAUAGCGGUCAAGUCGGAUCCCCCUUGCGAUAAGGGGAGGGGUGUAUGGAAGAGUGCCGUGAUUCGAGGCACUGAAAGACGGGCAGCUCUUGUAGCUGUGUCGAGCACACAAGUCUAAAGCAUCUUUAAUAAAAAAAAAAACGUGAUUGUCUCUCACGUUAUCAUGGCA